CAAAACAUUUCAAAAGGCGACCCCACCACCGGGUCCACCGCUUUCCCGUUUCCUCCCGCGCCACGCCAUGGCCUCCCCGCCGCUUGCCCAACCCACCACCGCCGCCGCGCCCGCCGCAGCCACGUCCCCGCCCGCGCCAGCCACGUCCCACCCGCUCCCCCGAGCCUUCCUCGCCGCCGCCGCCACGGCGGUCCAGGCUCCCCCGCUCUUCACCGGCCGCCCGCUAAACCCUAACCCUCCCAGCCACGUGUCCGCCGCGCCCCACGGCAUCCUCUACCCCGUCGCGACAUCCGCCGGCACGGCCGCGGCCGUGCAGCACCGACGCGUCCCGACCGUAGCCCUCGGGUACCCCCACGCCCACGCCGUCGCCGUCCCCAUCGCACAGCCCCUGGUGCACGCGCAGCACCGGUCGUUUGCGGCCGUGCCUCGGGCGCUGGUGGCGAGCGUGGCGUUGCGUCCCGAGCAACCUCCCCGAGGAGUUCCUAUAGCCCCGCAGCCUAAGGUUAGUGACCUUUUAUUCGUGAGCUCUGACUGGAAGGGGAAUUGGACUAAGGUUAAUCCAGUCCCACCUAUUGCUCCAUCUAAUGAGCAGGAUAGCUCAAAUGACAGAGAAAGUAGCAGAGAAGACUCUACGACUGUGGUGAUUAAUGACCGCAAAGUUAACUUGCUGGACACUGAGUCAGGAUCCUUGUACGCUCUCUGUCGAUCCUGGGUGUGUAAUGGUGUUCCACAUGAAAGUCAGCCAAGCUUUGGAAAUGGUGAGCCAAUUCUUCCAAGACCUUUGCCUGCUUCAGUGGUAGAUUCUAGGAUAUCAGAAAUAGACAAUAAUAAUGCUGAGGAUAGUGAUUCAGAUGAAGAGCCACAGAAGAAUGCUGACGGUAAAUAUAACACGAGUGAUUUAUUGAAGCAACAUGUAAAACGUGCAAAAAAGAUACGUGCUGGGUUGCAAAAGGAGCGGCUUCGUCGGAUUGAGAGAUACAAGCAACGCCUCGCACUUCUUCUGCCUCCACCUAUCGAGCUUGGGAGGCACGAUCCUCUUUUGUAAAACUGACCUAUGACAAUAUCUAAAAGCAUAUUUGUUGUGUUGUAAAUUGUAACUUUCGUUUAGCAACUUAGGUCGAGUUUUUUAAUUACCGGCAUUGUAUGUUUAGGUGCUUUCGCAUUAGUUGUUUUAUUACUGACAUUAUCUAAGAAGCUGCAACUGAAAUCAUA